UUAGUUGAGAAGUAUUUUUGACGUCGCUUCUUUUGUAAGUGCCCCUUUUUACCCCCUCAUCUGUUGGUAGUUGUUCACUAGUUGUGUGGAUCUACAAACUGAUUGAGGACAUUCUACCAACCGAUCCAAGCUCAGAACGUCUGAAAAUGGAGAGCAAUGAGGAAGGUACCCGCACUCACACAGUAAACAGACCCAGCUCACGUACCAAGGACUCCAACCGAAAAGCAGGCCUUCUGAUGUUGUGUUUCCUGGGCCUGCUGGGGGCUCUCCUGCUUUUGUUUGUGAAGACCUUUGUUGAGAAAGAAAAGCUUAGAAUCAGCUGCAAAAACCUGCCUGAGGAGAACGAUCAGUUAAAGGCCAUGUACAGCACUGUUGUUGAGGAGAGAGAUGAGCUACAGACACGUGUGUCUAAACUGGAAUCCAUGCUGGACAUAAAAUGUUAUGCAGUUGAUGUGACACUGGACCCUGAUACAGCGUAUCAAGGUCUCAUCCUGUCUGCUGACGGGAAGCAAAUGAGAUAUGAAGACAUACUACAGGAUCUCCCCAACAACACAAAAAGGUUUGACUCUGUGUCCUGUGCCAUGGGAAAAGAGGGAUUCUCUUCCGGAAGAUUCUAUUUUGAAGUGGAUGUCACAGGGACGACAAAUUCAGAUUUAGGAGUAGCUUCCCACUCCGUGGACAGGAAGGGGGAAAUUCUAGACUUGAUCAUUUGCACCAAUUGGACAUUUUUAAGAGGAAGCGAUUUGUCUCCAGAUUUCAUGCAGAAACGGAUCACAGGCCCUCAUGGGGCCAAAUCAACAGUCAUUUUCAAGAGUGAAAGCUCAUCUGACAUCCAUGGACAAGGAGAAGCCAACAGCCAUGGAAAUCAGGGUACAACAACGUAUGCUGAAGAUAAGAAUGAUGUCGGUUGCUCCACUGAUGUGGACGUCCAUGUGAAAGGCUGCUUUGUGGAUCUGUGGCGCCAAAAGGACCACCUAAUAAAAAAGAAUGCCGACCUCAAACAGGCCCUGAAUACCUGUGAAGAUGCCAAUUCUGAACUGGAUAAUGAGAACUGUGCUCUUAAAAAACAGAUCAAAAGUAUGGAGCAUUUGGUCAAGGGUUUGGGCCAGGUGAGGGUAGAAAUGGACAGCAUUCGUGCAGCACUUGCUGAGAAAGAGAUGAUCAGCUGUGGUCUUCAGGUCUGGAUUAGCAAACUGCAAAAGGAGAAUGAGGCUCUGAAGGACCACCUUGAAACCAGCACCAAUGAGAAAUCUGAUAACUUAUUGGCCAAGGAAAUGGACAAAAGUCACACAAAAAAUCUGACUGUGCAUGUCCAGGCAUUGCAGCAACAACUUGAGCUGACAAGGAUAAAGAUUGCAGAAAAAGAUGAGAUUAUGUUGAAUAAAGAUUUUGUGAUUGAUCAGACGAAGGCCUCCAUUGACGAGAUGAUCGGUGUUGGACAGGACCUGAAAAAGAAGGCUAAUGACCUGAAGAGACAGUUGGAAUUAGCGCUAGAGCAUGGUGAGGUGUCUGGAGAGGACAGUUCCAUGACCUCUGAUGGACACCCCACUGGAGCCACCAGGAACCAUUUGUCUCUGGCACAGGAGUUCAGCCUGCUGUCUGGAUUUCAGGAGUCAUUUGACAAGGAGGUGAAGGCCACUGAAACUGUCAGCCUGCAGAAAGAGACCACAGACCUAACAGAGGAUGCAGUCAAGGAGUUGAAAGAAGAGGGUGAGGUGAUUUAAGGGGGCAGCUCUGACUGAGAUCUGACUGAGGUCUCUGAAUCUGGGAACAGCACUCCCUGGCUGAACCAGGUCUGGACUAGCUGCAAAAGAGGAGCCCUGCUCGGGGUUAGUUUUGGCCUGGGUGCUGUGCUGCCCUUCUGCCUGUUGGGGGUGGCUAUGACAUCUUGCUCCAACUUCAUGUCGACUGAUGCUCACCAAGCCAUCCUGCAGCACGGCGCAUUUCUGCCCCCAUUUUAACUUCUCCAAGAUGCUGGAGAAAAACUUCAUUAGAAUUGUUGACACUGUGGUGUUUCCAAUGCAGAUGUACAACUGAAAUUUUGCUCAGCUUGUCCCAACAGGAUGAAGGACAUUGGCCAUUAUUGGCCAUCCAAACAUUGAGACACAUUCUUGUAUGUUCAUACAUGUUUUUACCAUAUUGAAAUAAACAUGACAAAAAGUCAA